AUGAGCACCUCCGCAGAUGCAUCUUCAAAGCCAGCCAACGAGCCCACCAAGACCCCCGCAAAUUCCUCCCAGAAAACCACACUCGCUCUACCAGAAGCACCGCACAAUGCCGCAACACAGUUGGACAUGAGCAGUGGCAGCACAACAGUCAAGCUCGAUCACCUUGGCCCAGUCGUGGUGAAUGUCGAUGGAACCAUGAGCCGAAUAUCGAACUGGGACAAGAUGGCGGACAUUGAGAAGCAAAAUACAUUGCGGAUAAUCUCAAAGCGGAAUGAACAGCGAUUGGAGGCGCUG